AUGUUUAACCUCGACGUUUUUAACGAAGCCAAAAAACGGUAUCUUGUUGCGAAUCAUCAAGUUUCGGAGCUUAAUUUUGCCUGUCCAAGUGAGCAGAUGCUGCAACUUCUCGCUUCAGUGGAGAAAGAUGGCAAGAAACUUCACAAAUCGCUUCUCGGCCACAUGAAGAAAAUACUGGCUUUAUGCUUCGUUUGGGAAAGCGAUAGCGAAUAGCAAGUUGUAAAACACAUUGUUGAAGAGCUUCUCCCUUCGCUCUUGGUUCCUCAUGGAUAGCUACUCGUGUGCAUAGAAAAAAAAAGACCUCGAAAAUGAAAUCAAAUACAACAAAUUCGGGUGAGCAUCAUCAUGGCCCCCUCUGAUACUAUCAUACAUUAUCUUCACUUCUAAUUUCGGUAGCAACGCAAAAUGCUGACGGGAAGUUGAGCGCGAAAGCAUUAACGAUGUACAACAAGGAUACCGAAUUCGCACACUUGAAGCAGAAGCUGAGGGAUGUACUUUCAAAUUCCUUUCCAAACAUUUUUUUGAAAUUUUCCUUUCCAAACAUGGCUUUAGUGGCGCAAAUAUUAACAGGGGAAUGAUACAUGAUGGAAAUAUGUCAAUUUGAUAUUUUGAACGAAUUGUAAUUUACAGGUAAACAAGCUUACAUACCUGAGUACUAUCGGAUAAUCCGCAUGAGCAUAAGCAUGUUGACUGUCAUCAAAUUAAUCCACCCGGCAUAGUCAGGCCCGUCAUUGGAACGCUAAUGUUGGGAAGCAAUAUCUGCGAAUCGCACCAGACAUCAUUCAUUCUUUGGUUAAUCAAAUCGGGAAGGAGUCUCCCGCUAGCCGCGAUCUUUUGGUGGACAUUUACCAAGGAGCGGUGUCGCCGGUAACAAGUCAGAAGUGCUGCCUAAGAAAUUAUUGUUUAACAUACUCAAUGACCGCGAAUAUCUUCAUUUUGAUUUUUCAUCAUGACGCAUACAUAGAUACCUUCUUGUCAAUGUCAACAAGUUAAAGUUCUUGAUCAUGAUGCUGAACAAGUACAAGACCUUCUUAGCACAUUAAACCACAACAGGUCCGCCGCCGUACCCCUGCAAGGACUUCGAACAAAUUGAGUACUUCAUCGCAGAGAAGCCAUCGUUUUACUAACUACUCGGCCACUUUUCCGAACAACCUUUCACCACGACAAGUGUUGCUCCAGAAGUUGAUGGCGCUAUAUCGUUUCCUCGCAGCGCUCCUGUCAGAGGAAGAGUUUGAGGCUCAGAGGUUGGAGCAGACCGUAAACUUCAUGGAAACUGAACUGAAAGGGCUCUACGAGUCUUUUCACGACAACAUGAGGGCGUCGGCCUAGUCUAAAGUACGGACUACGGCCACAACAUCACAUGCUGCUCAUGUUGUACAAGAGGUACAAACGGGUAGUGAAAUGCGAUACUGCAAAGAACGCGGACGAGUACCGGAACCAAGAGAGCAACAGCAACAAGUAAAAAGAUAUAAAAAAGGGAGCUCUAAAAAUAAGAUUUUGAAUUCAGAUAGAAUUAUGAAGACGCGCAAACUAACACUAUGACAAAGAACAGCAUAUGACGUAUGAAACAUCAGAAAGUACACAAACGCGAGAAGUUAUGCAUAUCUACUGGAUAGAAGGAUUAUGAUUAUGUAACCAACAGAACUAUUUCGAAUGAAAGCGAAUGAUCAUGAUGAAGAACCUGAACAGGAUAAUAGAGUGUUACAAUUUUUAAUUACUCGAAGAACUUUUUCUUACAGUGACAGCACAGGCAGAGCCCGCACGAAGUCUUUUUUGCAGAGUCAAUUUUGUAGUAGUAGAUGUAGAUGAGCUAAAUACGCGUACAACGCAGUUACUUAGAGGCACCGUCUGAGUCACAUCGGUCUCCAGCACUGUUUUUAUGCACGUAGAAGUCUUCAAGACAGCCACGUAUUAUCCGAUACGACACACGCGUAAGGCCACCUAGCGCUCGCCAAGCGCGAAGGAGAUUUGACAAGUUGUACCACCAACAAUGUGACUGAGCAAUAUCCUCUCACAGAAAUCAAAAUGACUCAGUAGACGUAGA